AUCACUCUGACAGCGGCAGGAGGGCGGUGUUACGCAGCAUCAUCUGAGCUGCUCGUCGUUUUAUUGUACGGCUGCUGAUGCUGAGAGGUCGAGCUGAGAAAUAUAUAUAAACCAUGGUCGCGGAUUUAAGCUUUGCAGACCGCGUUGCAUCGUGGCGGACUGUUUUCUAGGUAUUCCGACUGCAAGGAUAAUGAGGAAAAGACGGAGCUGGAAACGUCAGUGUAACUUGAAGUGAUGGAUAAUACGAGUGUUUGAGGAUCCCCUACUUCUGACUCAAUGGCAAAGAAAGGCCGCGCCAAGGGCGAGAAGCCUGAGGCGCUCAUCUCUGCCCUGCAGGCAGCCAAUGAAGAUCUCAGGUCCAAAUUAACUGAUAUACAGAUUGAACUGCAUCAAGAAAAAUGCAAGGUGACCAAGCUGGAGCGCGAGAAGGUGCAGGAGGGCAAGCGUAUCCGCGAGCAGGAGCAGCAUCGGCACACUGUGACUCUGACGGAGCAGCGAGCACGAUGGCACGAGGAAAAACUGAAGGAGCUUGCCACGCUCAGGGAGUCGCUAACACGCCAGCACGAGCAGGAGUUAGCCCGAAACGCCAAGAUUAAAGAGGGUGAGAUCCAGCGCUUGAGGACUGCUCUCAGUGCACUGCGCGACGGCAGCGGGGAGAAAGUGCGUACCGCGCUGACUUUAGAGGCCCGAGAGGAGGCCCGGCGGUUCUUUGACCAGGAGCGUGUGAAACUGCUGCAAGAGAUCGCCGAGCUGAAGUCCGUCAAACGGCAGAAAGAUGAAGCGCUUAGUACUAUGAUUAUUGCUGAUAAGAUGAAGGCGGGAGACUUGCGCACUGAACAUCAAGCGCACCAGGAGCAAAUUACCAAGAUCAAGUGGGACUGCGAGCGAGAUAUACGUCGAUUGGUGGACGAGAUCAAGGCAAAAGACAGAACGAUCUUCUCGCUGGAGAAAGAGCUGGAAACGGCCACAGGCUUCUUGCAGAAACUGCAGCUGCAGAAAGAUGCGCUCGACGAGCAGCUGUUCCUGGUCAAAGAGGCCGAAUGUAAUCUGGGAAGCCCUAAAAGAGAGAUCCCGGGCCGCGCUGGAGAUGGAGCAGAGCACUGCGGGAGUCCGGACAUGAGGAGAAACCAGAAGCGCGUCAGUGAGCUCAAGUCCACCAUUCGUAAACUGGAAGACCGCAAUACAAUCCUAGUAGACGAAAGAAAUGAGCUGCUGAAGCGUGUUCGGGAAACGGAGAAACAGUGCAAGCCAUUACUGGAGAAGAACAAAAUAUUAAGUAAGAAAAAUGACGAACUCAGCCUGUCUCUUCAGAGGAUGGAGGAUAAAGUGAAAUCAGUCACCAAGGAGAACCUGGAGAUGAAGGAAAAGAUAACGUCGCAUCCUCCUCUGAAGAAGCUGAAGUCUUUGAAUGAUCUGGACCAAGCCAACGAUGAUCAAGAGAUCGAGUUCCUGAAGCUGCAGGUUCUGGAGCAGCAGAGCAUGAUCGAUGAGCUGACACGCGAUAGAGAAAAACUCUUGAGGAAGAAGAGGCAUAAACGAAGCAGACCUAUAAAGAGGCAUAUAGUUGUAGACACGUUCUAUGGGUAUGAUGAGGAGUCGAUGGAUUCGGAGACUUCAUCAGUGGCUUCCCUGCGCAUGGACCGAACACCAGCCACACCAGAUGAAGAUCUAGAUGAGGGUUUGGCGGCGGAGGAGUCUGAGCUGCGCUUUAAACAGUUGACUCGUGAAUAUCAGGCUCUUCAGAGAGCUUACGCCCUGCUGCAGGAGCAGAAAGGAGGAGUGCUGGAUGCAGAAAUGGAGGCUAAGGCUCAUGAGCAGCUGCAGGCUGAAGCUCACAGGUAUAAGGCUAAAAUCGAAGACCUGGAAAAAGAGCUCUCUCUAAAAGGACAGGACUCUAGAUGGGUGGAGGAGAAGCAGUUGUUUAUGAGACGCAACCAGGAGCUGCUGGAUAAGGUCGACAAGUUGGAGAGUGAAAAUGGAAAACUGCAGCAGGAACUACAGGACUCUAGAGAUCAGAACGAGCUGCUGGAGUUUCGCAUACUUGAGCUGGAGGAGCGUGAGAGGAGGUCGCCUCCAUUUACCCUUCAGAUCCAUCCUUUCUCUGAGGGAGUGAGUGCACUGCAGAUCUACUGCAUCAAGGAAGGAGUAAAGGACGUGUGUAUUCCAGACCUCAUCAAGCUGUUGGAUAUACUCGGAGAUAAUGGGAACUUGAGGAAUGAGGAGCAGGUGGCUAUUAUUCAAGCGAGUACCGUGCUGUCUCUCGCUGAGAAGUGGAUUCAGCAGAUCGAAGGUACAGAAGCGGCUCUGCAUCAGAAGAUGAUGGACCUGGAGCUGGAGAUGGAGAUGUUCUGCAAACAGAAGGGAUAUUUGGAGGAGGAGCUGGACUACCGGAAGCAGGCGCUAGACCAGGCCUACAUGCAAAUCCAGGAGCUGGAGGCCACUCUGUACAACGCAUUACAGCAGGACAAAGUGAUCAAAUACGGCGAGCCACUGGACGAGCUGCAGAAGGACGAGUUACGCACGGCUGUGGAGAAACUGCGCAGACAGAUGCUGCGCAAGAGCCGAGAGUACGACUGUCAGGUGCUGCAGGAGCGCAUGGAGCUGCUCCAUCAGGCCCAUCAGAGGAUCAGAGACCUGGAGGAUAAGACUGACAUUCAGAGAAGACAGAUUAAAGAUCUAGAGGAGAAGUUUCUAUUUCUCUUUUUAUUCUUCUCUCUUGCCUUUAUUCUUUGGCCUUGAUGUCUGUGACAUCUCCUGCAGAGGAUUUGAAGCAACCUGGAGCUGUCGCAUGCAAGCUUGAGUCGUCCGGUUGUAAAGACUCAAGGUGUAUUAGUGGAUCUUUUGUUUUGCUUGUGUGGAAGUGGGACAACUUUAUUUGGGAUCACCUGCUCUGGAUUGGACCUCUGGAUUAAACCGGGAUGUUUGAAAUCACACUUACAGAUCAAUACAAAGUUUGACUCCGUCAUCAACCCAGAUUGUGGAUUAUCUCUGCCAUGCAGGGACCUGCUUUUACCCUGUCUUUAUUGCAUCUGCCAACCCGCAAACCUCUUUCUUUCUCGCUCUGUCUUUCUGUCUCUCCUCCAACAAUCACUUUGGGGAAUUAAAAAUGAACUGCUGGACAGGAUUUAAGGCUGCUGACUCAGGGCCUGUUGGUGCGGUGACUGUCGCAGGACCCCCUUAGGAGAGGUGUCUUCCUCACUGCCUGAACAAAAAAAGGACAAAGAGACAAACUGAGAGAGAAAGCAAGACCGUCCACUACAAACCAUCCACACUGGCCGUUUCUGUUCACCCCUUGAAAGAUGAGUACACGACUGCCUGGUGGCUUUUACUUCCUAUAUUGGGCCUCAUUCUUCUAUCACAAACAAAUGUAUCGUGUAAAUCCUUCCUAAAGGCAUAAUUCAAAGCAAACAUGACGGUAAAACACGAACGCGGUUAUGAAUGUAAUAAAACAUUUGCUUGUUUGUUGUAAAAAUUCAUAAUAAUAACAAAGAGUACUAAUUUGAGCCAUGCUGCCAUUGUAGCAAGUGUAUUUUGGGAUUUUUUUAACGAAAAUUUUGAGUGUGGUCCAGAAAAAUCUCUGUUUUAAGGGGUAUCUAGCCCUUCCCUUUAGCCCUACCCCCUAAAUCUAAAGAGAAUUGAGACACCCCUACCCCUUCACGUGAACGUGCGAGGUAAGGGGAAGGGCUAAGGUGUAGAAUUAGGAUUGGGCCUAAAUUUGACGAAACAUAACUUACGUUUUGUCCAUUUAGUGGCUAAUUCGUACCAAUUCAGUUGUACAACGAUGAGUUCAGUCGUACAAAAUUUCAAGAGUUCACACUUAGCUCAUGAUUUAUACAUAGCUUG